GCAGGUCUUCUGGCUUCCGGCUCCGCAGCCGGGCGCAUUUAUCCCCAUUAAGCCGAGUAGGACCGUGAAAGACUGUCGGCUCGCGGGAAACUCCGCCCUAGAGUCGCCGAGGAGUGGCAUACUGAGCCCCGGCCUCCCUUCGCCGUCCAGCCAUGGCUGCACGCCUGCUCCGCAGCUCCCUGCGCAUGUGGGGUGGCCGGUGUGCCCUGCGUUCACCGCCGGCCGCGAGAUUUUCUCAUUCCGGAGAGGAGAAACGUCUAGAAACUCCUUCUGCUGAAAAAUUAACAGAUAUAGGAACUCGAAGAAUCUUUUCUUCAGAACAUGACAUUUUCCGGGAAAGUGUAAGGAAGUUUUUUCAAGAAGAAGUGAUUCCUCACCACGCAGAAUGGGAGAAAGCUGGAGAAGUGAGCAGGGAGCUUUGGGAAAAAGCUGGCAAACAAGGACUUCUCGGUGUCAAUAUUGCAAAGCAUCAUGGUGGUAUUGGUGGAGACUUGUAUUCAGCAGCUAUAAUGUGGGAAGAACAAGCAUAUUCAAAUUGUACAGGCCCAGGUUUUAGUCUUCAUUCAGAUAUUGUCAUGCCCUAUAUUGUAAACUAUGGCUCUGAAGAACAGAUUAAGCACUUCAUCCCCCAGAUGACUGCUGGGAAAUGUAUUGGCGCCCUAGCAAUGACAGAGCCUGGGGCUGGAAGUGAUUUGCAAGGAAUAAGAACAAAUGCCAAAAGGGAUGGGAGUGACUGGAUUCUCAAUGGAAGCAAGGUAUUCAUCAGUAAUGGGCAGCUAAGUGACAUUGUGAUCGUAGUGGCAAUCACAAAUCGUGAAGCUCACUCUCCUGCCCAUGGCAUUAGCCUUUUUCUGGUGGAAAAUGGAAUGAAAGGAUUUAUCAAGGGACGAAAGCUACAUAAAAUGGGACUAAAAGCCCAGGAUACUGCAGAAUUAUUCUUUGAAGAUGUACGGUUACCAGCUAGUGCCCUACUUGGAGAAGAGAAUAAAGGCUUCUAUCACCUCAUGCAAGAACUUCCACAGGAAAGGCUAGUGAUUGCUGAAAUGGGACUUUCAGCCAGUGAAUUCAUGUUCGAAGAAACCAGGAAUUACGUUAGACAAAGAAAAGCUUUUGGGAAAACAGUUGCACAUCUACAGACAGUGCAGCAUAAGCUGGCAGAAUUAAAAACACACAUUUGUGUAACCAGAGCUUUUGUGGACAGCUGUCUCCAGCUGCAUGAAAAGAAACGUCUGGACUCUGCCACUGCUGCCAUGGCGAAAUAUUGGGCAAGUGAGUUACAAAACACUGUAGCUUAUGACUGUGUCCAGCUCCAUGGAGCCUGGGGAUACAUGUGGGAGUACCCGAUUACAAAAGCUUUUGUGGAUGCCCGCGCUCAGCCAAUCUAUGGUGGUACCAAUGAAAUAAUGAAGGAGCUGAUUGCAAGAGAGAUCAUCCGUGACAAGUAGACAUCUGCCCACAUCCUGGAAUCCUAUUACAACUAAUCUGCUUUUAAAUCUACUCAAGAUAAAAUGCAACCUGGAAAGGGAGGAAAUGCUAAACAUGUUUUUAUAUGUUCUCUCUGUUGAAAGAGAAAUCAAAUAUGAGAUUAGUACAAUGAUAGGAGAAAUCUUUGAAUUCAAAGAUUCUAAAAUUGUCCAGUAUAGUCUUAACUUUUAAUUUUUAUAUAGCUAAAAGGCAAAGAUUUUCUGAUUCUAGAAACCUUGGUGUUUGGUUUUUCCCUAAAAUUCUAAAAUAAAUAAAUAAAAAAUAAUUGCUUUCAAAUGGAGACAGCAAUAGUUUUGUUAUUAUACUAGAAAAACAUUAAUAGCAGUUAGAGAUCAUUGACUUUGAAAGGGAAAAAUAAAUAUAAUAUACAAUGCAAAUGUUUUCUACCACCCUCCCCUAAACCUAUUUCUAAGCAGUGGAAUCAUUUCUUCAAACAAAAGCUUAUGAAGAGUCUCUAUGAAACGGUGAUGAGUGCUUUUAGUGGAAGCAGGAAGCCCUCUUGCCUUAUUGCCUUGGAUCCACUAUGACUCAAACUGAGCAUUCAUUUGCCCAACUCCAGCUAGAGAAUAUGGUGGCUUAUCAGGUGCCUGGGUGCCUUAGUUGGUUAAGCGUCUGACUCUUGGUUUCUGGGGCUCAGGUCUUGAGUUCGAGUCCCACUUCAGACUAUGCUGACAGCACAGAGCCUGCUUGGGAUUUCUCUUUCCCUCUCUCUCUGCCCCUCCCCAGCUUGCUCUCUCUUGUGCUCUCUC